AUGGCACGUACUUAUAAUACUCGCUCUAGUUCAAAUCGUAACCUUUUCCAAGAAUCUGAUCCUUCUAAUGCGGCAGAGACAAGUAUGCCUCACGCAAAUGAACCAGAGAAUACACAGCGAGGUACAAAUGAGAUUUUACUUGACAUAACCAGACCAAAUGAUAACAUUUCAAAUUCCCCAUAUCAAAACACAGAACCAAUAAUAUUGACACCACCUAAUAAUAAUCCGUCUGGUAUUGACUAUGAGCAAAUUAAUCGUUUAAUUGAAUCAAAUAUUACAAAGCUCUUACAAAACAUGAAUCUUUUACAACCAGUUGGUAACAACAAUAACCAAAAUAACAAUCAUUCGAAUACUCAUCAAAACGUUUAUGGUUCCCAACGUCCAAAUAAUCAGACAAAU